AACGACUCCUAGCUCCUUCGUGGAUGCUCCAACCGUGCCCCUACCCCGGAAAAGAGCGCUUGUUUUCCCUCUUAGCUCCACCCACUUCCGCGCGGCGAAGGAAACCGGAUAUAAAGCUGCCCCUAGUCGCGGAGGUACCUCGCCUGGCUCGAAGCCGCGAUCAUCAGGGAGGAUUACAGAGAACCGGGAGCCGGGGAACCCCUUCUUUUUCUUCCCUCCCUUCUCUCCUGCCCCUCUUCACAGCUGGCCGCAGCUGGCUUAGGAGGCCCCGAUUAAGGAGGAGGGAACAGUGCUCACAAGCCUGGGCAGGUGGUCCACAAAAUAUGAGGGGCAGGGGCCACCCCUCUCUGCUGCUGCUGUACCUGGGGCUGACCACCUGUCUAGACACCUCACCCAGUGAGGAGCAAGACCAAGAAGUCUUCUUGGACCCCCCCGAGGCCCAGAGCUACCUGGGCAGCCACAGGCGAAUUCGUCGAGCCAAUCACUGGGACCUGGAGCUGUUCACGCCAGGCAACCUGGAGCGGGAGUGUUAUGAGGAGAAGUGUUCCUGGGAAGAGGCCCGGGAGUACUUUGAGGAUAACACCCGGACGAAGCACUUUUGGGAGACGUAUAUCCACAAUGGCAAGGCAGGGCGUGGACGAGUGGAUGUAGCAGGCCUGGUUGUGGGGCUGACAUCUGGCAUCCUGGUCAUUGUCCUGGCCGGCCUGGGAGCCUUUUGGUAUCUACACUGGCGACGUAGCAGAAGCCAGCUACCCAGUCCUCAAGAGGCCGAGCUCAUCAGCCCUCUGAGUCCCCUGAGCCCUCCGGGCCCGCCAACGCCCCUGCCGCCACCCCCACCGCCAGGCCUCCCCACCUACGAACAGGCGUUAGCGGCCUCUGGGGUGCACGACGCACCUCCGCCACCCUACACCAGCCUCCAGCGGCCUCGGUGAGGAUCUGCUUCGGAGCCGGGUUCCCCGAACCAUGCCCCAGAUUCACACCGGAUCCUGGAAGCCCCCAAGACUCUUAAAACUGCGGAGCAGAGCUUGGGGGGGUGGGGGCGGGGGGUAAGGGUCGUUCGGCUCGAGGCCUACCCUGCCUGGCACACGUGUUUCCGCCGCGUACGGAUCCACUCACGUCUCCGCAAAAGUGUUCCCGCGUUCCGGCACCCCGCGGGUUCCAACGCUCUCUUGACCUUGGGGGUACCCGUCAUCUCCGCCCCCCGGGGGAGGCUUGCUGUGGAAACUCGGACCCAGGCACGCAGGCCGAGUGUGCAGACUCGCGUGUGAGGUUAGACACGGCCAUCUCCCCCUCCCCCUUCCAGUGACACGGGCCACACACACGCAGAGCCCCGCCCGUGCACACGCGUGUCUUCGUGCGCUCCCCGCGCGCGUACAGGGGCACUUUGCAACCCAGGGAAAGGGUGGGGUGCAUAUUUGCAACCGUGCUCAUCAGGGGCAGGCUCUCCCCCGAAAUAAAAGCUCUUUGGAAAAGAACCCCCCCCCAAAAAAAAAGUGAAACAAUGCAAAAAAUGGAAAUAAACUGUAUCGCGACCCCAGGCGCGUCUGCGCGUAGUGGA